GUCUCAAAAUAAGACCGUUGACUCGACGGCCAUGUGGCUGUAUGUCAAGUGAUCCAACAACUAUAAGUCUAUAAAUGUGGUCCAUAUUUUUCCCUGCUUUUAAUCAAAAAUUCAGAGGAAAAAAAACACGAUCGAGAAAUGGAGAAUAAUCCAAGAAGCUCAUCGUCUCUCCCUCUAGCCGGGCGUGUAGCUAUAGUGACCGGAGCCACCAGAGGCAUGGGCCGUGAAAUCGCGAUUCACCUCCACUCUCUUGGUGCAAGAGUCACCAUCAAUUAUGUCUCGAGCUCAUCAAAAGCUGAACUCUUGGUUUCAGAACUAAACGACUCAUCUCAAUUAAAGUCAGCGAUCGCAGUUAAAGCAGAUGUGUCAGACCCGGACCAGAUCAACAACUUGUUUGAUCAAACAGAACAAGAGUUCGGAUCUAAAGUUCACAUCGUCGUGAAUUGUGCAGGUGUUUUGGAUCCAAAGUAUCCAUCUUUAUCCGAGACGACACUAGAAGAUUUCGAUAACACAUUCACAAUAAACACAAGAGGGUCUUUCUUGUGUUGCAAGGAAGCAGCUAAAAGGGUUAUGAGAGGAGGUGGUGGAAGAAUCAUUAUGAUGUCUACAUCAAUGGUUGGUGGUCUCGCCCCGGGUUAUGGAGUUUACGCAGCAUCAAAGGCCGCCGUUGAGACAAUGGUGAAAGUGUUGGCGAAGGAGCUUAAGGGAAGCCGGAUAACCGCGAAUUGCGUGGCGCCAGGGCCGGUUGCGACGGAGAUGUUUUAUGCUGGAAAGAGUGAUGAAACGGUGAAAAUGCUUGCAGGGGCUUGUCCUAUGGGGAGGAUCGGUGAGUCAAAGGAUAUAACCGAGAUUGUAGGGUUUUUGGCCGGUGAUGGUGGUGAAUGGAUUAACGGUCAAGUUAUUAGAGCCAAUGGAGGCUUUGUUGUCUAAUAAAUGAAGAACUAACAUUGGAAUUUGAUGUUGUCUUCUUCUUUUCGUGUGUUGAUCUACUUUUAUGUCAAUGAUGAUGAGUUGUUUAUUGGGCAAGACAAUACUUAUGUUUUUUAAAAGUACAUUCAAUCAAACUUAAAAAAAUUGAUUGAAAAUAAAAAGACAACCAACACUCCAAAAGCUAGCCUUCCUCUGUUUUGUCUUCUAGUAAGAUCUUUCGACAAUGUCAUCUGAAGUUAUUGUGAAGUUUGGAGGAUUCUCUUACAACAUAAAUCGUUU